AUGGCGGGCGGCGGCUCCCGGCUGUGGCUCGCGCUCUCCUGGCUGCAGCUCCUGCUGACGGCGGCGGCGGCUCAUGGAGCGGCGGGAGCUGAGGCUGCAGGUGGCGCCGGCGGCGGCGGCGGCGCAUCGUCGUCGUCGUCAGGGAGCGGCGGCCGGUGGCGCAGGAGCGCGGAGAAGCUGCAGCAAGUGCAGGUCUUCGGGCAGGUAAAUCUCAACGACUCCCACAAUCAGAUGGUGGUUCACUGGGCUGGAGAGAAAAGCAAUGUCAUUGUUGCGCUUGCUCGAGAUGCUCCAAUCUCACACGAGCCUCACCCCAGUUCUGUAUAUGUCUCUUAUAAUUAUGGAAAAACCUUCAAAAGAAUUCAAGACAAGUUCAAGCCAGUCGAUAGGAAGAUAAACGAGACAAUUAUUUCUCAGUUUUACCACAGUCCUGCAGAUAACAAACGGUAUAUGUUUGUGGAUACUAAAAACCACUAUAUGUGGGUCACCCUCAACUUCUGCAAUGAUGUCCAAGGUUUUUCAGUUCCGUUCACUCCGACUGAUCUCCUAAUGCAUAGCAGGGAUCCCAACCUAGUUCUGGGAUACGACAGCUCACACCCAAACAAGCAGCUUUGGAAGUCAGACGACUUUGGACAAACGUGGAUUUUGAUUCAGGAACAUGUCAAAGCUUUCUAUUGGGGAGUGGAACCAUACGACUCAUCUACCAUGGUUUACGUUGAACGACAAGAACCGAUAGGCUCCUCAAGCAUCAUCCGUAGCACUGACUUUUUUCAGACUGAAGAAAACCACGAGUUACUUUUGGACGCGGUCGAUGACUUUCAAUUACAAGAUAAAUACAUGUUUGCCACAAAAACCGUGAAUCUUCCUGAGAGCCAGGAGCAUUCAGAAGUGCAGUUGUGGGUCUCUUAUAAUCGGAAACCCAUGAAAGCAGCCAAUUUCCCCACAAGGUACCGAAUCAUGGAGUAUUACGUGGCUGAUGCUUCAGAAGAUCAGGUGUUUGUUUGUGUCAACCACAACAACAAUAUGACCAAUCUUUACAUCUCUGAAGCGGAGGGGCUGAAAUUUUCCCUUUCUCUGGAAAAUGUACUAUAUUAUAGUCCAGCAAAUGCAGGGAGUACCCUGGUCAGGUAUUUUGCAAAUGAGCCGUUUGCAGAUAUUCACCGUGUGGAUGGAUUGAGAGGAGUUUACAUUGCUACACAGAUGAAUGGCUCUUACAAUGAGGAGAACAUGAGAUCAGUGAUAACCUUCGACAAGGGUGGAACAUGGCAGCUCCUGGAGGCGCCAAGUUAUGACAGUGAUGGUGUCAAAAUUAGCUGUGAGCUUCAAAAAGGGUGCUCGCUCCAUCUGGCACAGCGCUACAGCCAGCUAGCCAACUUCCAUCUCCGCCGAAUGCCCAUCCUUUCAAAAGAGUCAGCUCCAGGCCUUAUUGUUGCAACAGGUUCCAUUGGCAGAAACUUGGCAAACAAGCCUAAUGUAUAUAUUUCAAGUAGUGCUGGAGUUCGAUGGCGAGAGGCCCUUCCUGGUCCACAUUAUUACACAUGGGGCGAUCAUGGAGGGAUCUUGGUGGCAAUACCGCAGGCUUUCUCUACAAAUGAAUUGAAAUACAGCACUAAUGAGGGAGAGACUUGGAAGACGUUUAUCUUCUCUGAGCAAAAUGUGGUGGUGUACGGAUUGCUCACCGAGCCAGGAGAGAAGAGCACUGUGUUCACCAUCUUUGGCUCCUAUGCAGACAACAGCCACAGCUGGUUGAUACUUCAGGUCAACACAACCUUAACGCUGGGAGUGGCAUGUUCGGAGAAUGAUUACAAGCUCUGGUCACCUUCUGAUGAGCAUGGAAACGAGUGCUUGCUUGGUCGAAAAACCGUCUACAAGCGGAGGACCCCUCAUGCAACCUGCUUCAACGGAGAAGACUUUGACAGACCCAUUACAGUCAGCAACUGUUCCUGCACAAGACAAGACUAUGAAUGUGACUUUGGUUUUAAGAUGAGUGAAGAUUAUCAGACUGAGAUCUGCAUACCAGACCCCGAGUUCAUUGAUAAUGUGUAUGCCUCACCUGUACCCUGCCCUGUUGGCACGACAUACAGGAGAACAAAAGGUUACCGCAAAAUCUCAGGAGACAGUUGCAGUGGUGGAGAUGUGGAGGCUCGUUUGGAGGGUGAUAUACUGCCGUGUGCUAUGGGAGAGGAGAACGAAUUUAUUCUCUAUGCCCUGAGGAGCUCUAUCCAUCGCUACGAUCUAUCUAGCGGGACAGAUGAGAAGCUGCCACUUUAUGAUCUACGAGGAGCCGUAGCUUUGGAUUUUGACUACGAACACAACUGUGUAUAUUGGGCAGACAUUGCAUGGCACGUUAUUCAGCGUUUGUGCUUAAAUGGGAGUACAGGCCAAGAGAUAAUAAUCAAGGAGGGGCUGCAGACCGUGGAAGCAUUGGCCUUCGACCCCAUCAGCCAGCUCCUCUACUGGAUAGAUGCUGAAGCCAAGAAAAUUGAAGUUUCAAACCCCAGUGGAGACCUGCGUCUCACUCUGGUGAAUUCUACCAUCUUGGAUCAUCCAAGAGCUUUGGUGCUCAUUUCUGUCAAAGGCCUGAUGUUCUGGACAGACUGGGGUGACAAUGCGGUAGGCAUUUACCGAAGUGAUAUGGACGGAUUCAAUGUCAGUCGGAUUGUCGCUGCUGGUGUUAAAUGGCCCAAUGGAAUCACUGUGGACGAAUCGUGGGUCUAUUGGACCGAAGCCUACGGUGACCGAAUUGAACGGGCAGAUUUCAGUGGUGGUCAGAGAUCUGUACUUGUACAGAACCUGCCUCACCCAUAUGCCAUUGGUGUUUUUAAGAAUGAAAUCUAUUGGGAUGAUUGGUCGCAAAUGAGCAUUUUUAGGGCUUUCAAGUAUGACGGUUCAGCUGUGCAGUCCUUGGUUACUGGUUUAUCUGGAGUCAUGGAUAUGAAGUUGUUCUACAAGGGCAAGACAUGGGGGCAAAAUGCGUGUACGGAGAAGCCAUGUAGCUUGCUCUGCCUUCCUAAACCCGGGGGUAGGAGGUGUGCGUGUCCUGCAGGAGUCAGCAGCACAGUUUUGCCAUCUGGUGACGUUCAUUGCGAGUGCCCACCCAACUAUGUGCUCAGGAAUAAUACCUGCACGAAAGAGGACAUCAGCUGCCUACCUAGCCAAUAUAGAUGUGCCAAUGGCAAGUGCAUCAGCAGCAUUUGGAAGUGUGAUAACGACAAUGAUUGUGGUGAUUACAGUGAUGAAGGAGAUUGUCCAACAACGUCCUGUGACCUGAACUCUCAGUUCAAGUGCCAAUCUUCAGGGAUGUGCAUACCACUUUCGUACAGGUGUGACCGUGAAGAUGACUGUGGGGACAACAGCGAUGAGGAGCAAUGCUCUAUGAACCAUUGUAAGGAUGAUGAAUUUACCUGCGCCAGUGGUAUGUGCAUUCGCUUCUCUUGGAAAUGUGACGGAGACAAUGACUGCCGUGAUUGGUCGGAUGAACUGAACUGCACUUCAAAUAAACACACUUGUGACACAACCAACUUUGCUUGUCACAACGGACACUGCAUCCCUCGCCGGUGGGUUUGUGAUGGAGAUGAUGAUUGCCGUGAUGGGUCCGAUGAAGACCACUCCUGUGCUGAUUCUGCAUGUCAUGGGUUUAGAUGUGGCAAUGGCACUUGCAUUACAAUGAUCCAUCGCUGCGAUGGUGUCCCAGAUUGUCCAGACCAUUCAGAUGAGGAAAACUGCAGCCCACCAUGCUCCCGGUACAUGGAUUUUGUUUGUCAGAACGGGCGUGAGUGCCUUUACAGCUCCAUGGUGUGUGAUGGCACUGCGCAAUGUGAUGAUGGUUCUGACGAGGACCCAAGCUAUGCUCAGUGUACACACUUGCCUGAGUUUACCAAGACGUGUGAGCCCUUCAGCUUCAGAUGCUCGAAUGGAGUGUGCAUCAGCAUGGAGUGGAAGUGUGAUGGGGUGGAUGACUGUGGAGACUAUUCUGAUGAAGCAAACUGUCGAAAACCAACUGAAGCGCCAACUUGUACCAGGUAUUUUCAGUUCAGCUGUCAGAAUGGGAACUGCAUCCCCAACUGGUGGAAGUGCGAUAGCGAGAACGACUGUGGAGACUGGUCUGAUGAAGCUGGCUGUCCUGGUUGGAUUCCUGUUACACAAACUACACCGUCUUCUUCCACGUGUGCCCUGAACCACUUCAGAUGUGAUUCUGGCGAAUGCAUCAUAAACCGUUAUGUGUGCGAUGGGUUCCCUGACUGUAUGGAUAGUUCUGAUGAGGAAGGAUGCCCCACCUAUUCAUCAAACAGAACCACCACCAGAACAACCACAGCACCACCAGCUGGACGAUGUAGAAUCUCCGAGUUCCGUUGUGCACGCAGUCACAAAUGUAUUCCUUACUGGAAGCGCUGUGACAAUCAGCAAGACUGCCGGGAUGGGUCAGACGAGAUGAACUGUCCCAGCCAUGCUCCAUUAAAGUGCUUGAACGAGACAGUGUGCGAGGAUGGAGAGACGUGUAUAAGCCAGCUGGAACGUUGCGAUGGAUUCCUAGACUGCUCUGACAACAGCGAUGAGAAAAACUGCUCAGGUGACAGUGCAGUGUACAAAGUACGACAUCUACGUUGGUCGGUUGAUUUGAAUGGUGCCAUUUCUCUAACUUGGGACAGUCCAAAGAACUUGCCUUCAUCGUGCAUCUACGUUGUGUACUACAGAUUGUUGGGUGACGGCUGGAAGAGCUUGGACUCUAACAACAAAACUGCUUUUGUGAUUAAGAUUAUGAAACCAGAUUCCACCUACCAGGUGAAAGUGCAAGCUCAAUGCCUCCAUAAAAUCUAUAGCACCAACAGUGUCAUUACACUGCGAACACCCGAAGGCUUGCCUGAUGCUCCACAGAAUCUCCAGCUGUCUUACAGCGAGGAAGAGGAUGGAGCCAUAUCCUGUAAAUGGACUCGCCCUGUUAAUGCUCACGGGCUCAUUCGCGAGUAUCUGGUGGAAUACGCCCAGAAUGGUACGAAAGAAUGGACUUCACUGAAGAGUACUGUAAAUUACUUGGACAUUAAAAACCUCCAGAUGAAUGUCGUGUACAGGGUCAGGGUUGUAGCUGUGACAGGGCGUGGAGUAGGCAACUGGAGUGACUCGAAAACCAUCAUCACAAAGAAAGGGAAAGCAAUCCCAGCACCAAACAUUGUGAUUGACAGUGCACAUGAAAACAGCAUUGAUUUGAAGUUACAGAUGAACUCCAACGUUAAGGUGACCAGCUAUGUUGUGGAUUUAUCUUGGACAUUUGAUACUCAUGUGAAAGAGAAGCGAACUUUACUUGUUAAUGCAGGAAAUACUGACCUCACUGUUGCCAAUUUAACUGCUGGGACAAAGUAUGAGAUUUCCGCAUGGGCAAAAACCAGUAUUGGUGAAAGUCCAGUGACUUUCUCCCAUGCUACAACCAGUGGAAUCCAACCAGCACCACCUAAACUUAAAGCAGUUCCACACAGUGAAACUAUUGUAGAUUGUGAGUGGACGGGGCCAAAGAAUGUGGUUUACGGAGUUUUCUUUGCUACAUCGUUCUUGGAGCUCCACCAAAGUCCAAGAAACGUCAGCUCUGAAAUGACUAAACUCUCAGUAACUGUGGACAGCGAUGAACAAUAUCUGUUUUUGGUUCGUGUAAUUGUUCCGUAUCUUGGCCCACCCUCUGAAUACAUUGCUGUUAAGAUGAUUCCUGAUAACAGACUGCCACCUCGCCACUUGCAUGUUGUCAUUACUGGCAAGACAAUAGCUGCAGUAAAGUGGCAACCUCCAUAUGACCUGCAAAAUGAAAGCUUAACUUAUGCAGUUUGUGUGAAGGAUUCCAUUCGAAAAACUGAAAAGAACUACAAGGUUACCACCACGAACAAUACAGUGCAAUAUAAAGUGCUGAAGCUGGAACCUGGUGGAAGAUACAAUAUUGUCGUCCGGCUGUUUAAUAUGAGCAAAGAAGCCAGUGUGACUUUAACCACAGUUCCUCUGUCAGCACCAGAGUCGCUGAAAAUCCUCCCAGAGAAAGACCACAUCCGGCUGUUCUGGAAAAAUCUUGCCGUGAAAGAACGGAGCUUUAAUGACAACAGGGGUUAUGAAAUCCACAUGUAUGACCACGUGACCAACACGACCGUGUGCCUUGGGAAUACGUCGGAAACGACCUUUAUGGUUUCCAAUCUGAAGCUGGGCCACAACUACACGUUCACAGUGCAAGCCAGAUGUUUGUACAAUGGGCAGAUCUGUGGUAAACCCGCAUCCCUGCUCUAUGAUGAACUCGGAAACGCACCAGAUCCAUCUGCAUCCAAGAGUUCCAAGCCCACGGAUGUAGCAGCCAUUGUGGUACCAGUGAUGUUCUUGUUGCUCGUGAUGCUGGGGACAGGCUUCGUCAUUCUCUACGUGCGCCAUCGGAGACUCCAGAAUAGUUUCACAGCCUUUGCGAACAGUCAUUAUAAUUCCCGGCUGGGGUCGGCAGUCUUCUCUUCAGGGGAUGAGCUGGGCGACGACGAGGACGCCCCGAUGAUCAACGGGUUUUCGGAUGACGUGCCCAUGGUCAUAGCGUGAAAACCCUUACCGAGAACCAAACCGUGUGAGAGUUCUUAAAAAAAAAUGCACUUUUCUGAGUUGCAAUACAUUAUUUUUAUAUGGACCAAAAUUAGACUUUUAAUGCAAAGUGCUGUGAUACCUGGGCAAGACAGACAGAUGGAUGGAGACGGUCCAGGCAAGGCACACAGGUGCAGUGCUGGGUCCCCGACCGCAGGUUUUUUUUGCACAGCUGCGCUCAUGUGAAGCCUUCGGUCACAGUUAAUUUUCAGGUUGCUUGCUUGGGUAAUCAGUCGCAGGUGAAAUACCUCUGUCUGAUAGCCUAUAGACUAGACUGCAUUUUCUCGUGUGACAUCUUGGUUCUAAUCUGCGUUUUAACUCUUCCUCUCUCUCCUCUCCUCCCAACAACCAAAUGCUCGCCAAAAAAAAUCACGUUUAUAUUAAAAAAAAUCAAAUUAUUGAUGAAAGGCAAGGGCACGGAUGCUCUAUAAAGAUUUUAAAAUGAAUCUUGACACUACAUCCACAGCUACACAUGUGACAUCAGAGCGGAUUGUAUUGAAUGGUUUAUGGAUGUGUAAUUUUUUUUCUUAACUGCAGAGAGAACUUGACCCGAUGUUAAAUACGAAACCUGUGCUCAUGGGUGUGUCCGUUGGGGUUGUUCCUUGUGUUGGGUGGUGCAAUUGGACCGAAUGCAUUUUAUCUUUUCUCUGUUUUAUCUCUUUAAUGCAUGAUCACACAACAUUGGGUGGGGGGAGAACAAUGAAUUAGUAGCUACAAGGUGGGUAGUUGUAAGUACUGGCAGUAACAAGAUGCAAAUGUAAUCAUGAGACACUGUAAUUUGUAUGGUAUCGUGGAUGCCAGCAGUUGUCUCUCACCGUAAAUGUGGAGUUUGGUGUAUUGUGAAAGUUUGGUCCAAAAUGAAUACUGCUGAAUGCCUAUAAAUACCAUGUGAAACAGACAAACCAUUCAUUCAGUCUGAGGAUGAAAACCUGUAAUAUUUAAUGUCCUGUUAUUAGCUAGAGAGAGAAGUGUUGAAGGAAAAUCCAUGAUCUAAACUUAUCAUUGCUUGGCCAAGAAAGUGUAUUCUUCCACUGUAAGUACUCUGUUUGUUCUAUUCUGAUAGACUAGUUGAAGGGUUGCUUGAAAAUGGCUGAUAUCUACAAUCUUAUCUCCUUUACGCUAAUCGUUAAGUGGAACAGAUGACUAAAGAGCCCACAGUUUUCCUGCUAAUCGAUGGAAAUGGAGUUGCAUCAUUUGUCUUUAAGACAGAAGUUGAGGGAGAAGAGUGAAGUAGUGUCAAUACUUUUCCUAAUAGUGCAAUUCUGAGCCAGUUUGGGAAAUGAUGGAUUCAGGGCAGAGCGCAGGAUUCUCGUGUGCACAUCGCUAAGUAACUCACAGCCACUCAACAUUUUGUGAAUAAAUGGAAUUUCUAUUUGCAAUUAGCCGACAGAAUGGUAGAUGAGGAGACCGAUGUCUCUGCGAGUUGAACUUGCUACCACUCGGAUUGCUUGUGUGAUUGGAAGCAAUGGCUUGUAAUUCUUAAUGCUGUUGCCUUAUUUUACAAUGUAUUUUGCUGUUGCCAUUAGACCAUAUAUUUCCUUUAAGUCAUAUUACAACGGUCUAUUUUAAUAUUAAUUUUACUUGAGCACCAGGGACAAUUAUCUCUGGUUACAUUUACUGCUGAAAAGAAAUCAGUGUAUCCCAUCUGCAAAGCUGUUAAAGAAAAGUUUAAUGUCUGGAAUUUCUGCUUUGAAAUGGUGUUCCAUUGCAAUUCAGUUUAACUCUUGGAUUCCAAACUCCACGCUUCAAACUCCUCUUCCUUAACAAUGGAAUUAACUAUCAAAUAAGACAUAUAUACAGUUUUGUUUUUAAAAGAAACACCGCCCUUUUUACACCUCCCAAACUUUUAGUAAGAGGAGGGAAAAUCGUUUCAAUUUGAAUCGCUGCAGAGAGAGAGACUCGUUAAAAUUCUAUGGGUUAAUAUAUUCUGAAAUUGGUUUGCAGAUAAAUCUCAUUUGCGAUAGAAUUAGCUUCUGUUACCAUAGGUCACCUUGUUGAGUUUAGAUUGUGAUUUAGACUUGAGAUGUAUGUACGUACUUUGUGGGUUGGGACCAGUAGAUUACAUUCCUGUGUAAGUGGGAUGCAUGGAAAUCUCAUCUUGGUUUGGAGACUCUUAAGCA